AGAAUAAAAAAAACCAACUCAAUAAUGAAAUAGCAUGCAAAUACAUAUCCAUUGUGAGUCACAUACACUCUUCAAUUCCUGCCACGUACUUCAAAGGUGGCAGUGACACCAAAUGUUCUUCUUCUUCUUGCCCCUUUGGUUUCUCUUUCCAAAGUGAAGUUGAAGUUGAACAAGAUGAAUCCACAUAGUAUUUUAGCUUCAGCAGCCAUAAACAUAGGAUUAGCUUUGAUAACACUAACACUAUUUUCCAUCCUCAAGAAACAACCAUCGAAUGCUUGUAUAUAUUAUGCACACCGUCUCUCACAAUGUCAAUACAUUCCUUUUGACAAUUCUACUAUCCAACGUUUCAUUCCUUCCAUCUCUUGGAUUUCUAAAGCAGCUUUUCAUGUCACGGAAGAUGAUAUUCUUCAAUCUCAUGGUCUUGAUGCUCUUGUCAUCAUUAGGCUCUUCAAAUUUGGCAUUAAAUUUUUUAUAGUGUGCUCUCUUGUUGGUUUGGCGGUACUUCUCCCUAUUAAUUAUGAUGGUGUCAAGGAGGUUAGAGAUAAGAGCUAUUCUACUAUGGAUUCUUUUACUAUAUCCAAUGUUAGAAGAGGUUCUAGAAGGCUUUGGGUGCAUUUUGCAUGCUUGUGUUUUAUAUCUUUCUAUGGCAUGUACCUUCUUUAUAAGGAAUACGAAGAAAUUACGAUUCGGAGGAUGCAGCAACUUCAAAAUUUAAAGCAUAGACCUGAUCGAUUUACUGUCAUAGUUCGUGAAAUUCCAUUGUGCAUCGAACACGAGGCGCGCGACUGUUGUGUCGAUCAUUUUUUCUCUAAACAUUAUCCAAACACUUACUAUUCCUAUCAAAUGGUGUACAAUACUGAUUACCUUGAUGAGUUGGUGAAACAGACAAAGUCUCUUGCAAGAAAAAUAGAGGACUUGAGAGAAACUUCCAUAGCAAAGAAAAGUAAGAGUAAGUUGUCACUCUUUGAUUUUUCACAACAAAAGACUUCAAAAGUAGCUUUGCUUGAGGAAAAGCUUCAUGCACUUUGUCACAAGAUUCACCAGUUACAAUGCAAAGACAUGCUCAAUAAAAAGGAGUUACCUGUUGCUUUUGUUACAUUCAAGUCCCGUUCCAAUGCUGCCGUAGCAGCUCAGUUGCAACAGCAUUCACAUCCACUUCUUUGGGUGACUGAACUUGCCCCGGAACCCAGGGAUAUUUCAUGGAGGAAUUUGAGAGUCUCCUAUAGAGUCGUUCCACUUUAUAGACUUGGCGUUCUCAUUGUGGCAUCACUACUGACAGUUUUCUUUGCCAUACCUGUUACUGCUGUUCAAGGAAUAGCCAAAUAUGAGAAACUUAAGAAAUGGUUUCCUCCAGCUAUGGCUGUACAGUUAAUACCAGGAUUAAACUCUAUAGUGACGGGAUAUCUUCCAAGUGUUGUACUCAAAGGUUUUAUAUAUGUUGUGCCAUUCGCAAUGUUUGCUAUGGCUAAAGUCGCCGGAUGUGUUGCAAGAAGUAAGGAGGAGAUCAAAGCCUGCAACAUGGUUUUCUACUUUCUGGUCGGAAACGUGUUCUUUGUGAGUGUGUUAUCAGGAUCUCUUCUUGAUACAAUUGGAAAUUUUAUUAGCCAUCCUAAAGCUAUUCCGAGUCAACUUGCCACCGCUGUCACCGCCCAAGCAGAUUUCUUUGUGACAUACAUCUUAACAGAUGGACUAUCAGGGUUUUCUUUGGAAGUUCUUCAGCCUGGCUUACUGAUUUGGGAUACUUUAAAGUCUUGUUGUACUCUAGACCAUCGACGAGUGAAGAGUCCAUAUCUUUAUUCAUUGCCUUACUUUAGAAUCAUCCCUUUCGUUUGUCUCUCAAUACUGAUCGGAAUGGUGUAUGCAGUAGUUGCACCAUUGUUGCUCCCAUUUCUUAUUGUUUACUUCUGUCUUGGCUAUGUUGUCUAUAUCAACCAGAUUCAAGAUAUGUAUGCAAUAACUUAUGAAACAUGCGGACAAUAUUGGCCAUACAUUCAUCACUACAUUCUCCUCGCAAUCAUUCUCAUGCAGAUAACCAUGAUUGGUCUGUUUGGACUCAAGUUAAAGCCAGCUGCUUCCAUAUCAACCAUACCAUUACUUUUGUCCACACUGAUGUUUAAUGAGUACUGCAAAAUGCGUUUUCUUCCUUACUUUCACCAUUAUUCUCUCAAGGAUGCGGCUGAAAAUGACGAAUUUGAUGAAAAGUGUGGUGUGUUGGAGUUCCAUUAUGAGAAUGCAAUUAAUGCUUAUUGUCCACCAAGUUUACUACCAGUGAGUUUUGCGGCAUCAGAGUCCAGCUCUACACCAUUAGUUUCUUCAUGAUCUUCCCUUUUGUAUUUUUUUCCAUUGAUUCUUAAAAACUAAUAACAAUUAAGUUAUAGAAAUAAUAACAAUUAAGGUAUAGAAAGAAAGGAAAUCAAAGGUAUCAGAAGUCAGAACCUAAGAAUUUGGUAGCCAUCUUUUGUCCUCCAAAUCAUUGUAUCUCAAAAUAAGGUUGUAGCCAUCAUAAUUUUGUAAAUGUAUUCGAUAAAUCUUUCAGAACUAGUACCCUUUUCUUGUAAAGUCCUCUCAUUUGUGAGUAAGAUAUCUUCCACUAUAAUUUCUUUCA